GUAUAACCAUCGUCCGUCCCUAAAGUGUCACCGUCAGACAUCAUUUGACCACUGACUGCACUCAGUUCUGCAGAAAAAAAUAUUUUACUAUCUCUUUCCGUUAAUUCUCUUCUUAAAAUGAAGAAAAGGCAGUUAAACCCAGCCUUUAGAGGCAGAGGACGUGGAAAAGAGGAUACAAGCGAUGUAUCUGAAGCUCUUCUUCGACAAGCAAGACGAAGUGGUCAACUGAAUCUGUCAAACCGAGGUCUGACUGAAGUCCCACAGAAAAUAUGGAGAGUAAAUACUGAUGUUCCUGAAGAAGCUAAGAGUGUUUCCCUCGAUAAUACAGACGAUAAAUGGUGGGACCAAGUGGAUUUGACUAAGCUUAUUUUGGCUUCAAACGCCUUGACAAGUUUAGCUCCAGAUAUUAGCAACCUUCCCGCCUUGGAAACCCUUGAUAUUCAUGACAACAGUCUAGAAGCAUUACCUGAUGAAGUUUGUACUUUAGAAAAUCUCAAAAAAUUUAAUCUAAGCCACAAUAAGCUUUCAUCUCUCCCAACAAAUCUUGGUCUUUUAACUAACCUGUGCUUUUUGAAACUUGACCACAAUUCUUUGACUUCCAUUGGAGAAUGGUUAGGUGCACUGGUACAGCUGGAAGAACUGGAUUUAUCAAAUAACAAUAUCUCUGAACUUCCUUCUAAUAUAUCAAGACUGCACAGCGUCAGAAAUUUGAAUCUUUGUAACAAUUCCUUGGAAUUACUUCCAGCUGAAAUAGGCCAACUUUUAGUUCUUGAAGACAUAAAUGUCAGUAAUAAUAAGAUCACCAGAAUUCCAGAAGAAAUUGGGAAGUUAAAGUCACUGAAAAGACUUGACUGCAGGAAAAACCAGCUKUCAGAAGUUCCAUCACUGUUAAAAUGUCCCUCACUGAAGGAACUCUAUCUUGGUCACAAUAAUAUCACACAUUUAGAAGGAAGCCAACUCAUGGGCUAUCCAUCCUUGUCUGUUUUGGAUCUCAGAGAUAACAGGAUUGGCAGUUUACCUGAUGAAAUUACUGUUUUGGAGGAGCUAGAAAGAAUUGAUUUGUCCAACAAUGAUAUAUCAAGCCUUCCAUUUGUGAUGGGAACAAUGCAGAACCUGAAAUCUAUUGUGCUAGAUGGUAAUCCACUAAGAAAGCUGAGAAGGGAUAUUGUUAUGGAGAAGGGGAGAAACAACCAACUAAGAGACCUUCCCGUCAGCAUGUCUGCCUUGGUUUGUCUUAGAGAGAUCAUCCUGUCAUUUAACAGGUUUAGCAGUCUUCCAUCGGUGUUGUAUUCUAUCCCCUCUAUUAGGACCAUUCUAGCAAGUGACAACCAAAUUGGUGCUAUMGAUGUCAAUGGGCUUCUUCGCCUUCCUGUCUUAGAGACCCUCGACUUACAAAACAACGAUAUCUCACAAGUUCCUCCAGAACUUGGCAACGUCAGCACUUUACGAUCACUUCAAUUGGGGGGUAACGCCUUUAGGAAUCCUCGCACGGCAAUUCUUGCUAAGGGGACCCUUACAUUGUUAGAAUACCUUAGAAGUCGUAUACCAACUUAAAUMAAUUCUAAGCAAACUCCUCCUUUAAGUGGUAACUAACUGCUUUAGAAAUCCUUCGACAGCCAUAUCGUUAGAGGUCGUAGACCAACUUCAAUCAAUAUUGAACAGACGUAGAAAUAGUGUAAUUGGAAGCAAUGUUUGAAAAUAAUAGAAAGAUAUAGGAUUUUUAAAAAAAUUAUUAUUGCUGGUUUGCAACGAGACUAUGUUUUUUUUUUGUUUUUUGUUGUUUUUUUUUUUGUAAUUAAUUUCGGUAAAUUGUAUGUGGAGGUGAGGUGAGAGUGGAAGUACUUUGCUAUUUUUGGAACAUUUUCUUGAAUGUUUUCAUUUUUGUUCCUAUUCUUUCAUUUACACGUACAAACGUUAAUUUCUCUUCUCCACGUUUUAUUUUUCAAWUUUUUUUUUUUUCCAAAACCUAUUUCCAUCUUUUUCGGUGAAACUCAAGUUAAAACGACUUAAGAAAACAAGUUUUAGAAAUGUAGAGCAAACAGCUGCAAACAUAUUGAGUUUUUAUGACAAAUAUUUGUUCAAAAAAGAUUGGUAUCAUUAUCUUGAAGAAGAUUGCUAACGGUGAAUGAAACAUGAGGGGGACGGAAUCCUAGGGAGAUGAAAAUGAAUAAGUAACGAGAGUGCAUACCAUAUACCCGUGAAAAUAUAUGUAAGGAACAGGGUUAGCGCUACUCCUUAAACUCCUUGAAAACUCCUUGAAUUUACUGAAUUCACGUUUUCAAGGGCAUUUGAAAAGCUCUUGAAUUUUACGAUUUUAGCGAAACUCCUUGAAAACUCCUUGAAUUUUUGCUUUG